AUGGCAGGUGAUGCGGAAAAAUCUACUGGCCGAGGGGUUUGGAUACGACUGCGUCAUGUUACAGGGUUUCAAAUCUGGGCGGGUACUGCCCACUUCACGCCAGGCUGCACACAGCCACAACACGCUAAAGAAGUUCACGAACAUCUGGCCGGCUUGCCGCCUACAUCACUUCCGGUGCUGUUCUCCUGCGACUUGAAUGCUGAGAUUGCAUGGGGGUUUGACGAGGAUGGGAUCUGUAGAGCCUUGGGUAACAAUGGUAAGACGGAAGAUUUCCUCGGACAGUCCUUGCACAGGAACCUUCAGCCGAUACCGCCAAGGCCACAGGACUUCACUACGCCGACAAGCCGGCCGAGGCAGGCGCAUCGGGAGGGCCGACAGAUCGAUUGCAUUCUGGCAUCCAAGGGGGUGGCGAAACGGGUACACAUUCACAAAGACUCCUACAUGGCGGUUGGGACUGAUCAUGAGCUUCUCUCUACGGAAGUUGCCAUUCAUGGGAGCCGACAGGGGACUCUGCACAGUACGCUGCCAAGGGUUUGGAUCUCGGGACCGCCUCGCAUAUCUCAGGUUACGCACUCGAUCCUGGUUGACCUCGCCAAGACGACGACCAAGCCCAGACCCGGGCACGCCUACAAGGACCCGGCACAAGUGAAGGAGGCUUUUUCUAGGGCUAGGGGUGACAAGCUACCGGCUUCCUGGACUGCUGCACGUAACCUGCGCAAGAAGGCACGGCGGCACUGGGAACAGGAAAGGUUGCAACGAGCCACUGCGGGCGACUGGGCUGUUGUCCGCCAGCUGAGGCCUACGAAGCACAGGGGGUGGGACGCAACCUUUGCUGAGGCACAGAACGGGAAGGACCCUCAUCAGGUCGUCCACGAGCACCUUGAGAGCAUUUACACAACGGGGCUCGUCGUCCCUCCCCUGCCUGCCUGGGAAGGGGAGGUUGUGCCCUUCACUGAGGACGAACUGCGUUGGGCCCUGAGCAGAGGCAAACCGAAUAAGGCUGUUGGGGUGGAUGGUACUAGCCAUGAGCUGCUUCAAGGGGUUGCAAACACACCAGGAGGAUUCGAAGCUCUGCUUGCCUUUUACAACGAGAUCUACGCUCAUGCCUCCAUACCUCAGGACUGGAAUGUGGCUUUGAUGAUUGUCAUACCUAAGGAAGAGGCACCGGUUGAACCUGCGUCCCUCAGGCCGCUGGCCAUGGGGAGCGCGGCAUCCAAGGUUUACAGCCGACUGCUUUUGGGACGCACAGUGCCAUGGCUUCAAGCAGGGGAGGGCGCACAAUGCAGUGGGGAAGGGAAGCAACCGGCGGAGUAUGUCUUUGGGAUGUCCAGGGUGAUGGAACUGGAAGCAGAGUGGCACAAAGGGCUGGUUGCAGCUAAGAUUGACAUACGCAAAGCUUUCGACAUGCUGCACAGGCCGGCGCUUCUUUCUCGAUUGAAGCAAGCCAUAGGGGAUGGCCCAACCUUCCGCAGCUGGCAGGCAAUGCUGGCUGACACAACGGCUGUACUACAAACCAGCUGGGGAUGUUCACGCCUCCAGCUGGACAGGGGUAUUAGGCAAGGGUCUGUGGAAUCUCCCAUCUUGUUUGGCUGGUUGGCGGCUCUCAUCCUACGUGAUGUCAAAUGCAAGCAUGCCUGGCAGGACCGACACCGGGUAUUCGACCAGUUGGAGUGCCAGGACCUGCUGUUCAUGGACGAUGGACUGCUGUGGGCCCACACCAGUAAGGAAGUCUCUAGACGCCUUGAGGAAUGGGCUGCUGAACUUGCAGUGCAUGGCCUCAAGCUGAACCCCGCGAAAUGCAAGGCCUACUUUUCCCCCUAUUGUGUGAGCCAGUCGCCGGUCUCGGUGAAUGGCAACCUCGUCCCCCAGGUUGAAACACUGGAGGUUAUGGGCGUUCCUUUCAGGGUUGGGGCCUCGGCGUCCGAGCUCCUGGCGCCCUUCCUGGCCCGGGGGCGCGAUAAAUUCUGGUCGCUAAAACACCUACUGCGAGCCCGCACUCCGCUCACAGGCAGAAUCCUCUUGCUGGACAAGAUCAUCGGUGGCACUUCGUUGUGGUGCCUGAGCGCUUUGGCGCCAGACGCAUCGGCCUUGGCCUUACUCAACAGCAUGCAACUUCAGUGCGUGGUCUGGGCAAUGAGGCGCGCAGUGCUGACAUUCCUAAGCCACGACCGCGCACUCUUUCAUCGGUGCCUCCUGAUGUGGGGCUUUCUUUUUGUGCUGGCCGCUUGGCGUGCUGCGGAUGCCGCGGUGAACGCCGAGGCCGGCGACCUCGCAGCUUUGGAGUAUGACAACGACACGACCCACGGCUUCGACUUUGACACCCUCCAGCAGCGGGACCUCAUGGCCAUGCCCGACGGCCCCCACCGGGAGUCCGACCCUGAUAUGGCAGUCACCCAGGAACACCCUGAUGAUGCACCCCCGCAUGAGAUCGUGGAGUUGACGAAGGAGCCGGAGCACGAUGGCACCAACCUCAUGCAAGCCGGUGCCACCAACCCUAUUCACACAGGGGAACGAGCCAGCUGGGAAGUCAUGUUGGCCAACCUGCAGCACGACCUUGAGAUGCUGCCGAAGCCUCAACGUGCUGAGGCGACUGUGCAGUUGUUGCGCUGGCUUGACUAUCGAGCCACGGAUAAGGAGCAGGGCUACUUCUUGGGACACAUGAAGGGAAGAACGGCUGAUCUGACGGCUUUGCUGGUGGCAGCGCUGGAUGACACUGGGGUUGAUGCCUCAACCGUCACUGGCCCCUGGUGCUCGUCAUGGGUGCUCGAGACCCGGCGAAGGCUGAUGGAGUUUAUUCCAUGCCAUGAAGGAUCCCAUGAAAGCUGGGGGAAACCAAUGGAAAAGGGGAUGCCUUGCAUUAUGCUGUUUGGACGGCCGCCGCCGACGAACACGCCACCUUCCUCGCCGGGGCUCAGCGCGGUGGUGGACCUUGAGGAGGAACAGCAGCAUGGGCAACCCAGCAAGCGACGCUGCUUGGCGGUCGAACUCAGUUCGGGAUCCGGAGACGCUCCCAGGCUCUCCCGGACGAUACUCAUGCCCUUCCCAGGUGACGAUUGCAGUUUUCAGGUGAACGUCAGGGUGGAAGAGACGGACGAAAGUGAAGCUGCCACAGACUCGCCGAACCUCGUGGGCUUCAGAUUGCCGGAGCCGGCGCCCGGCGACUUGGCAGCCUCGGGGAUCUCCAUGAGUGACUUCAUGGGACUGUGGACGGGGUGGAGGUCUGGGUCCAUCACCUAUGCAGAUGUUGCCAGGGUGUACGGCGACUGCGCGGCCCAGUUGGUCCAAGGACUCUGGGCUGACCUACCCUCCGAAGCCUACCUGAACCCCUCGCCUUUCCCGCUGCAGCAGCAGACCCAGGAUGUGGACAGCACUCAAACGCGGGGAGUGCAUGCAACGCAGGGACAAGGCCUUGAUGGACCUACACCAGAGUCGCACACCAACCCGAUGCCGGACUCCACCAAGGACGCUUCGGAUGACGAGGGGGCCCUCCUGACUGUCGUGAUGCGGGUGCUGCCGGUCCUACGAGCUCUCGCCCCUGAGGUGCCAGUGGUCUGUCAGAUGACGACUGUCCAGUUGGCUGCCAGCUGGAUUCGGCGACUCCGACAACAAGGACUUGCGAAUGUCGAGAUCACCAGCUGCCUCCUCAACUUCGCCCAGGCACGAGCGAACAGAGACUACAUGUUGGACUGGGAGGACAUCCUGUUGGAGUUGGACCUCGAGGACGUACCCCGUGCGGUGGGGGACAUGCUACAGUGGGUGGAAGCGGAGAUGUGGGAGGACUACGUGGACAGAUUGGAAGGACUGGUGGGCUGGGAGUCGCAACAGGUCUCUGACGCCCGAGGGGUUGCCAAUAUGCCGGAGAAUGUCCGCCGGGAGUGGAGGCAACGGGCUGAAAGGGGUGACUUUGACCUGGACUUCACGGUGCAGGCAGUUGGCCGCCGAGUUCGCCCCCGACGAGCACAAGGACGGGAUGAGGAAGAAGGCCUGGAGAGCGACGCCCAGUCGCUCAUGGAACGGCCGCGUCGGCGAGGGGACCGGAGGGACGACAGCAGGAGCCCGCCGGGGCGCCAGGGGGAGCUCGAGAAGAGGGGUGGACACGGAGGAGGAACGAACGAGGUCACGCCCCCCGGGUAA